GCCGCGAGGGAGCGCGGGAAAUCCCGAGUGCAUCUGGAGUUCCGUGGAUCGCUGGGAGUAUGGCCACCUCGUCGGUGUCCAAGAUCAGGUCUCAAAGAGAAGAAUCAAAGAUAAGCUUCCCAUGGGAAGGAGGAGAAAAAAGUAGUUAGUCCCCUUGUUGUUUAAGAAUUUUCCUUCUAUAAUUCAGAUAGAAGAUCUCUGUGCCAGUAGGGCUGCUUUGUGUUUAAACCAAAUGUUAAGAAGAGAAAGAUCUCUGUGCCAGUAGAGGACUAUUUUAAUAAAGGGAAAAAUGAGUCUGAGGACGGUAAGCUUCGAUUUGAAACUUAUCAGUCGAUAUGGCAGCAGAUGAAAUCUGAAACUGAGCAACUACAAGAGGAAUUAAAUAAAAACCUGUUUGACAGUCUAAUUGAAUUUCUGCAAAAAUCUCAUUCUGGAUUCCAGAAGAAUUCAAGAGACUGGGGCUGUCAAAUAAAGCUCAGAGAAAUUCCAGCUGCUGCUCUUGUUCUAGGUGUGAAUGUAACAGAUCAUGACUUAACAUUCAGGAGUCUAACAGAAGCCCUUCAGAAUAAUGUCACUCCAUAUGUAGUCUCAUUGCAAGCUAAAGAUUGUCCAGAUAUUAAGCAUUUUUUGCAAAAGCUCACCUCACAAUUGAUGGACUGCAAUGUAGAUGUGCCAUCCAAAGAGAAAGAAAGUGUUCAGUUCACUCAGAAGAAGACACAUUAUUCCAUGGAUUCUCUUUCCAGUUGGUACAUGAAUGUCACACAGAAGACAGAACCAAAAAUGCCAAGAAAAAAGAGGACUGCUUCUAGCCAAUGGCAGUCUCCACCUGUUGUGCUUAUCUUAAAGGAUAUGGAAAGCUUCACCACAAAAGUACUCCAAGACUUCAUAAUUAUCAGCAGUCAACAUCUACAUGAAUUUCCACUAAUCCUCAUCUUUGGAAUUGCCACAUCUCCUAUUAUCAUCCAUCGGUUGCUUCCUCAUGCAGUAUCAUCUUUGUUGUGUCUAGAACUAUUCCAGUCUUUGUCUUGCAAGGAGCACCUGACUACAGUACUUGAUAAGCUGCUUCUUACAACUCAGUUUCCAUUUAAACUAAGUGAAAAAGUGUUGCAGAUUCUGACUAAUAUCUUCUUAUAUCAUGAUUUCUCAAUUCAAAACUUUAUAAAAGGACUCCAGCUCUCUCUAUUAGAACAUUUCUAUUCCCAACCCCUCAGUGUUCUGUGCUGUAAUCUCCUAGAAGCCAAAAGAAGAAUUCGUUUUUUAUCAAAUAAUCAAUGUGAAAAUAUCCGACGUCUUCCAUCAUUCAGGAGGUAUGUGGAAAAGCAAGCUUUAGAAAAGCAAGUUGCGCUCUUGACCAAUGAGAUAUUUUUGAAGGAGGAAGCACAAUCCUUACUAGAAAACCUGCAUGUUUACCAUACAAAUUACUUCCUGGUUUUAAGAGGUCUUCAUCAGUUCACCUCUUCUCUUCCCAAGUACCCACUGGGUCGACAGAUCAGAGAACUCUACUGCACAUGUUUGGAAAAGAACAUAUGGGAUUCAGAGGAGUAUGCAUCAGCCUUGCAGCUGCUGAGGAUGUUGGCAAAGGAUGAACUGGUGACCAUACUUCAGAAAUGUUUCAAAGUUUUUAAGUCUUCUUCUGAAAAGCAGCUUGGCAACGCAGCAAAGAAAAUAGAGGAGUUCCUGGCCCAGUUUCAGAGCCUUGAUGCAGAAGCCAAAGAGGAAGAAGAUACUUCCGGGUCACAGUCAAAGGGGCUUCAGAAGACAGACCUCUAUCAUCUUCAGAAGUCCUUACUGGAAAUGAAGGAGUUAAGAAGAACAAGUAAGAAGCAGACCAAAUUUGAAGUCCUCAGAGAACAAAUUGUGAGCUUCAUUGACAGUCUGGUGAGAGAACACCUCCUACCUCCAGAGACACAGCCUCUGCACGAGGUGAUGUACUUCAGUGCUGCCCAGGCCCUCCGACAGCACCUGAACGCCGCUCCACGUAUCGCUCUCCACACCGCGCUCAACAACCCGUAUUACUACCUCAAGAAUGAAGCACUGAGAAGUGAAGAAGGUUGCAUUCCAAAUGUCGCCCCAGACAUCUGCAUCGCAUAUAAGCUGCACCUGGAGUGUAGCAGGCUCAUCAACCUUGUGGACUGGUCAGAGGCUUUUGCAACAGUUGUGACAGCUGCUGAAAAAAUGGAUGCAAGUUCUGUAACCUCAGAAGAAAGGAAUGAAAUUAUCCAUGCACGGUUUAUUAGAGCCGUUUCUGAACUAGAACUUUUAGGAUUUAUCAAACCCACCAAACAGAAGACUGACCAUGUGGCAAGGUUAACGUGGGGAGGCUGUUAGAAAGCAAAUGAAUGAAGCCAGAAAGAUAACAUUUAGAUUAAGAGAAAAAGGGGACCAUUCACAUUUACACACCGCUAGGGGAAGAUUUUUGGCAAGAAAUGUGUAAUCCCUGUAUGAUUUUUAAACAGAAUAGACUGCUAACCCAAAGCAGGAUGUCAAAACACCUUUAGAGUACAUUAGAAUCCAACAAAUAACACAUAAAUGUUAACUAGAGCCCUCUCUCAGAAUAUCACUGUAAUUUGCAGUCAUUAAUAAAUUAAAUUGUUCUGAGCAUAUGUAAUGUAUAAAUAUAAUAAUUUGCUUUAUCAACUUAUUUGCAGUUGAUUUAAUAGUACUUAUUCCUGCUGCCCCAGUUUCUUGCACUGGCCUUCCUAAUGUUAGUAAAUUAUGUAAUAAGGUGAAUAUCCUGUAGGUUUAUUUCUCGUGACUACGGGUUCUGAAACUGCCUGGAAUAUAUGACACAAAUGAACCCAUCUAUAGAAAAGAAACUCCUGGACAUGGAGAACAGACUUGUGGUUGCCAAGGGGGAGAGGGAAGGAGUGGGAUGGACUGGGAGUUUGGGGUUGGUAGAUGCAAAGUAUUGCAUGUGGAGUGGAAAAGCAAUGAGAUCCUGCUGUAUAGCACAGGGAACUAUAUCGAAUCACUUGUGAUACAACAUACACUGCAUGUGAAUACAGUGGGAUGGAGGCAGGUAAGUUACCACCCUGUAGACCAUUGUAAGGUCUUUUAUAGGUGGGAAGACUUAGCUUUUUUGAGGAUCACUGACUGCUAUGAGAAUAGACUAGAUGAGGAGACACAAAUGAGGCAAAAACCAAGACCAAAUCAAGAGGUCACUGAAAUCAACCAGGCAAGACAUAAACAUCUUUGAUGAGGGUAAAAGUAGAGAUGGCGAGAUUUUAGAUGGAACCAAUAAAUGAAGGACUUGAGUAAUUUAAAGCUGCUUUUAGGCUGAGAAACUGUAAGAAUGGAGGUGUCAUUAACUGAGGAAGUUUAAGUUCAGGGAAAGGAAGACUGGGCCAGCACCAGUAAAGGGAGGGAAAUCAAGCAAACAUGGUUGGUAUCUUACAAGCUGAAGCAAGGUCAGAUGUCAUUAGAUUCAGUGAUGUGGAAAAUAUUGGAGUAGCUGAAGAAUGAAAACAAAGCCUGAAAGGCAUCACCUCUCACAGGAUGACCCUAACAAGUAUCCAGACUUACCAGUAGGCCUCGGAAAUCCACGUUCUGUGAUAUUGUGACAUACACUUCGAGACCACAGCAUCAUCUUUUACAUAAAUUUAAAAUGAAACUAAUAAACAUUUUAGAUCUAACUUUGAGUUCACAGAAGUUCAAAACUAUAGAAACAAAGAGUUUAAUAACACCACAGAGAAACAUUCAACAAGACAACAGGUCUGUCUGGCUGUUCCAAAAGUCAGGGUGUUGCUUGGAUCCUGCUUUUUAGGUAGGGGGAAAAAGAAAACCUGCAAAAACAUUCAGACAUUUUGGAGACAGGUGGAAAUAUCUGAAUUAAGGACUAGAUGUUAAAUUACGGAAGCAUUACUUUGGGAUAAUGUUAACUGCAGUAUUUAGAGAACCCUUUUAUGCUUAAGAGAUGUAUCAUGAAUGCAUUCUUUGAAGCAGUUUAAAAUGUAUCUAUAAAGCAAAUACAACAAAGUAAUUUGUUC